AUGUCGUGGCUGUUCGGCCUGAACAAGGGGCAGCCUGAGGCGCCACCCGGUCUCCCGGUUCAGCCGCCACCACCGCCACCUCCGCCAGCCGGAGGCUCCAGCGGCGGCGGUGGAGAUAAACCCAAGGACAAAUGGAGCAACUUCGAUCCCACCGGGCUGGAGCGAGCUGCUCAGGCGGCUAAGGAGCUCGACAAGUCCCGACAUGCCAAAGAAGCUCUGGACCUGGCUCGAAUGCAGGAGCAGACCACUCAGAUGGAGCAUCAGAGCAAAAUGAAGGAGUAUGAAGCAGCAGUCGAGCAGCUCAAAGGUGACCAGAUCCGAAUCCAGGGAGAGGAGAGAAGGAAAACUGUUAAUGAGGAGACCAAGCAGCAUCAAGCGAGAGCUCAGUAUCAAGAUAAGCUGGCCAGGCAGCGAUAUGAGGACCAACUAAGACAACAGCAAGCCCUGAAUGAGGAGAACCUUCGCAAACAGGAGGAGUCUGUCCAGAAACAGGAGGCCAUGAGGAAAGCGACGAUAGAGCACGAGAUGGAGCUAAGGCACAAGAACGAGCUCCUGCGUAUAGAGGCAGAGACUAAAGCACGAGCCCGUGUGGAGCGAGAGAACGCCGAUAUCAUCCGCGAGCAAAUCCGCCUGAAGGCUGCAGAACACAGACAGACUGUCUUGGAGUCUAUAAAGACUGCAGGUGCUGUGUUUGGAGAAGGAUUCAGGGCCUUUGUGUCAGACUGGGACAAAGUCACAGCCACGGUGGCAGGACUGACCCUUUUAGCCGUGGGAGUUUACUCUGCCCGAAACGCAACAGCGGUGGCAGGACGUUACAUCGAGGCCAGGCUCGGUAAGCCGUCACUGGUGAGGGAAACGUCCCGAUUCACCGUGGCAGAGGCAAUCAAGCAUCCAGUCAAGACGACCAAGCGGCUGAGGAGCAAACCUCAGGACGCCCUCGAGGGAGUCGUGCUCAGUCCUUCCCUGGAAGAGCGUGUUCGUGACAUCGCCAUAGCAACAAGAAACACGAGACAGAACAACGGCCUGUACAGGAACAUCCUCAUGUAUGGCCCUCCAGGCACGGGCAAAACUCUCUUUGCUAAGAAGCUUGCAAUGCAUUCUGGGAUGGACUACGCAAUUAUGACUGGUGGUGAUGUGGCACCCAUGGGCCGUGACGGUGUGACAGCCAUGCACAAAGUGUUUGACUGGGCUGGUACAAGUCGGCGCGGGCUUCUGCUUUUCGUUGAUGAAGCUGAUGCAUUCCUUCGCAAGAGAGCCACUGAGAAGAUCAGUGAGGACCUCAGAGCCACUUUGAAUGCAUUUUUGUAUCGCACUGGAGAGCAGAGCAACAAGUUCAUGCUGGUGUUGGCCAGUAACCAGCCAGAGCAGUUCGACUGGGCCAUCAACGACCGUAUAGAUGAAAUAGUGAAUUUUGCUCUGCCGGGUCCUGAGGAGAGGGAGAGGCUGGUGCGGUUGUACUUUGACAAAUAUGUGCUGGAGCCCGCCACAGGAGGGAGGCAGAGGAUGAAGCUGGCACAGUUUGACUACGGUAAAAAGUGCUCAGAGAUAGCGAAGCGGACAGAGGGCAUGUCAGGAAGAGAGAUCUCUAAGCUGGGUGUGGCCUGGCAGGCGGCAGCAUAUUCCUCUGAAGAUGGCGUCCUGACAGAGGCCAUGAUUGACGCCCGAGUUGAUGACGCUGUCAGGCAGCACCUUCAGAAGAUGGACUGGCUGCAUGGAGACGAGGAGUCUCAGGCCAAGACCCUUACACCUCCCACAGCUGGAGCGAUAGCCAGUGGAGGCAAAAUGGGCUUCACUCUGCCGCACAGUGAGGCACCCGAGGCUCAGGAGGUGAUCGCCCCAGUUCUCGAGAUGAAUACGAAACAAGAAGGUGAAAGUAUACCACCUCCUUCAUAUAUCGACCAAUCUGCAGAAGGCAAAAGUGCCACCCCAGCUGCACAGGACUGUGAAGAUGCCGUCAAAGCAGAAGCUGCGACGACAGUGGAGAGUUUAGACCAGCCUGCUGCCUCCACUGAUGGUGAGGGCAAGACAGAGAAGGAAGAUAAAACUGGAUCAUCUCCUCCAAAAGACGGAACUCCAGUUUGAGUUGUAGAUUUGGUCAGUGGGGCGGCUGGGAUUAGAAAGAUUAGUGUCCUGCCCCUGUAACUAGUCUGUCAGUUUGUCUUAAAGUCUGUUGGACUGUCUGUGACAGAAGAUGUGUCCAGCAGGGGGAGAUAAUUAACUUUACGAAACACAAAUAAUGCCUGAGACUGUUUGAUUCUAAUAUAUAAUGUAUACAUUGUAAAAGUGUACUUUACAUGAAACCAGACUGUGUGUCUGUAAUAACAGUGUAUAAGUGUUGUGCACAGUGGAGUGUCUCUGUGGAAAUGAUUAAAUGGAUUUGUGUUUUUAUAAA